CCUCAUGAAACGAUUCUAUCACCCCUCCCCUUCAUCUUCUUCGCUUUCUUCACCCUUCGCUGCUGAUACGGCCCCAGCUCUUGACAGAAGAAUCAGCAGCAGCAGCAGCAACAGUAACCGGUAAGGCCCCAUUGUCGUUUCAUGAAGAGAUGACAAGGGUCCGCUUCAGUUAUAAUUGGUGGAAGGAAUGGACGAUUAUUAUGGGCGUCUUUGCUGUCACUGGUAGCUCCACCGUCAUGGUCGUCAAACCUCUUCUCAGAGAUGUGUUCAAGUUGGAUGGGUCCAUGAAGGAGGGCCCUUGGUCCUUUCGGAUCGCCUAUCUCUGCACAACCCUACCUCUUUACAGCUGUGUCCUCCUCACAGUUGCAACGCUUGCCGGUCGCCGUCCCUAUUUCAAGAAAGUCGUCCUCAGGAUGUGGGGCCGUUUCCUUCCCAAAAAGGCUCUCCAGCGCUUCCAAUAGACCUCAUCAGCCCCUGGCUUUAUAACAAUAAAAUUAGAUAUAGAGAUUAUGCAUUAUU